GGCGAAGCCAAUUAGGUUGUAGCCUCUUGCGACGUAUGCGCGUCUUUGUCACGUGACGGCGCACCCCGCCUCGUACUGCGCAUGCCCCUGUGCAAGAGAGCGGCCCUUUCUCCUCCUCCUUCGCCCGGCUCCCUGCUGUCUUCCUCCCGGCGUCUCACUGAGCAGUCAUAAUGGCGGCCCGGCCCGGCAGACUCUCUGGGGCGCUGGUGUUGCUGCUGGCGUCCCUGCUCCCUGUCCGGUCGUGGGCGUCCGAGGUGACCGGCGGCGGCGUGGAGUCCCUUGGCGCUGGAGAACGGUUCAAGAUCGAGGGUCGUGCAGUGGUGCCGGGAGUGAAGCCCCAAGACUGGAUUGCGGGGGCUCGAGUGCUGGUGGACGGGGAGGAAUACGUCGGCUUCCUCAAGACAGAUGGAAGCUUUGUGGUUCAUGAUAUUCCUUCAGGAUCGUAUGUAGUUGAAGUUAUAUCUCCAGCUUAUAAAUUUGAACCAGUACGAGUGGACAUCACUUCAAAAGGGAAAAUGAGAGCAAGAUACGUCAAUUACAUCAAAACAUCAGAAGUGGUCAGGCUGCCAUACCCACUUCAGAUGAAAUCUUCUGGACCUCCUUCUUACUUCAUAAAGAGAGAAUCUUGGGGAUGGACAGAUUUCUUAAUGAACCCCAUGGUUAUGAUGAUGAUCCUUCCAUUGCUGAUCUUUGUAUUGCUGCCUAAAGUUGUCAACACAAGUGACCCUGAUAUGAGGCGGGAAAUGGAGCAAUCAAUGAAUAUGUUGAAUUCUAACCAUGAGUUGCCUGAUGUGUCAGAGUUCAUGACAAGACUUUUCUCCUCAAAAUCUUCUAGCAAGUCGAGUGGUGGUAGCAGUAAAGCUGGGAAGAGUGGGGCAGGAAAAAGGAGGUAGCUGUUUCUUCCCUUGGAACCACAAUUUGCACAGCACUAUUAUGUGGUAUCAUCUGUACCUUCUGUGGAAGAACAAAAAGCCACUACUGUAACCUUAAUCCAGUGUGAAAUUGGAUGCAAUACAGCUGUUGUAUGUGGUGUAGCUUUUUAACCUAUUUAAAUAUCUUGUUCUUUAAACACAUGGGGACAUAGUUGCAGUUCUGUAUCUCUGUAAAGUCAAUAUUGAUGAUGAAUAACUUCUUUGUAGAGAAUGACAUUAAAGAAUUUAAAUUAUGUGCAA